AUGUUAGUAAAUUUCAUCAUAUUUUGUUUAUCUGCGCUUCUGUUUCAUAUGAUUUCAGGGCAGUGUGUAAGCACAGCUUACAAUGCUGGCAUUGGUAACAGUGUACCCAAUGAUUUAGCAUACAAUGGCAUGGCGUAUGUUGCACCAUUAGCUGCUAACACCGCAAUGCCUGGAUACUCCUCUCCUCAUGGCGCUGGUUUUGCUGUUACCAGCGCGUCGCCUAUCGCUCCAAAUGGUGUAACGAUCGUCUCGGAUAAUCUGGUUGUGGAAGGGUCACUUUCUAUUUGUGGCCAAUUGCCAAUACUAGCUACGGCGGCUUUGGAAGGUCCAAUAACUACCGCGGGUCAAGGAGCUGUUGAAUACGGAUGUGGGGAUGGUGAAGUUACAAUUAUAAGCGAAAUUGUUUCGCCUGAUGGUUCCUACAUACAAGUUGCUGUUCCUACAAUCGAUUACUCUAUAAUUGGUUUGACCCCUGCUGUAGGGUGUAACCGUGUUUAUUAG